AUGGGGGAUUGGCAGGAAGGAUCUUGGACUUGGCAUCUAAUAUGGCGUAGAGCGCUAUACGAUUGGGAAAUCGAAGAUAUCUCAAACCUCAAAGGCCACAUCGAGCAGAAAAAGCCGAGCCGAGAUUUAGAGGAUGGCGUGGUAUGGAGACACACUGGUAACUUGAGCUAUCCUGUAAAGAGUAUUACCGCAACUUUGUGUGAACAGUCUACCCCAACCUUACCCAAAGCUAUAUCCUAUGUUGUAUGGCAGAAAUUCAUCCCUCCAAGAGCACAGUUGUAUGUUUGGUUGGCAAACUUGGAGAAACUCAACACUGGAGACUUUCUAGUAGAAAAGGGGAUUAUUGAAGCUCAACGGGCCUUAUGCCCCUUAUGUAACCUACAAACAGAAUCAAACUCCCACGUCCUGUUUUCAUGUACAAUCUCUUGGAGAGUUUGGAUGAAUAUGCUAGAAUGGUGGGGUAUCUCCGGGGCUCUACAAAAUCAGUGUAGAAGAUUCUGCCUUGAAUGGUUGGGUCUGGUGAAGAAUAGGAAAUAUCGGAAGCUAUGGGGACUUAUCCAAGGCUGCGUCAUAUGGUCACUAUGGUACCAGAGGAACAAAAUAAAAUUCGAGAAUGGAGAUCCAAAUGCAAACAAUUUUAUCUACUCACUGAAAAUCAGAAUUGGAAUAUGGGCUAAAGAAAUGAUGGGAUUCCCUGGAUGGUCUUCCGAUGAUGUAACAUAUAAUAUAAACUCUCUUCUUUUUUUGAUGUAG